AAAGCUCCGUGGACUGGCAGGCGCUUCCGUGCCCGGAGUGUGAGGUCGCCGCUGUUUUUUCCGUGGAGUAGUGCCCCUUGUCCGCGUCUCGCGGGCUCUUCCGAACUUCUGGGAUUUAUGCUUGGGACGCGCAACGACCUGGCGAUCGACUUAGGGGAAAAGAAUGCUUGGCGGAGACCGCAGCCUGACUUCUCCAAGAGGACUGAACGGAGGCAGAGGGAGUGACUCCUGGGCUGCUGACAGCAAAGCUCCACGUGCUCUGCCAGGCACAGCUCUGCCUUCCUGGGAUCUGUGUACCUCAGUACUCUGCACAUCCCCCGAAGCAGGAGGAAAAAUGAUCACGUUCAAAGAGGCGGUGGCGUUCAGGGAUGUGGCUGUGGUCUUCACGGAGGAGGAGCUGGGGCUGCUGGACGCUGCCCAGAGGGAGCUGUACCGAGACGUGAUGCUGGAGAACUUCAGGAACCUGCUCUCUGUGGGAGGCAAGAUCCAAAGUGAGAUGGAGACUGUCUCAGAAGCAGAACCACAUGAAGAGCUUUCCUGCUGGCAGAUUGGGCAACAAAUUGCAAGUGACUUAACCAGCUGUCAAGACUCCACGAUAAAGAGUUUUCAGUUCCUCAAACAAGAUGAUUCACCCAGCCAGGUUGGGGCAGGGUUAUCUAUAACUCACACAGGCCAGAAACCUUACCAGUGUAAUGAAUGUAAAAAAGCCUUCAGUGAUGUCUCCAACUUUGAUCUUCAUCAACAAAUACACUCAGGAGAGAAGUCUCAUACAUGUAGUGAGUGUGGAAAAAGCUUCUGUUAUAGCUCAGCACUUCGUAUUCAUCAGAGAGUACACUCGGGAGAGAAACGCUAUAAGUGUGAUGAGUGUGGUAAAGAAUUCAGUCAGAGCUCACGUCUGCAAACUCAUCAGAAAGUCCACACCGUAGAGAAACCAUUCAGGUGUGAGCAGUGUGGGAAAGGCUUCAGUCGUAGAUCAACACUUACUGUUCAUUGCAAAUUACACUCGGGAGAGAAACCUUACAAUUGUGAUGAAUGUGGGAGGGCCUUCAUUCACGCUUCGCAUCUUCAGGAACAUCAGAGAAUCCACACUGGGGAGAAACCAUUCAAAUGUGAUAUAUGUGGUAAGAACUUCCGUCGUAGAUCAGCACUUAAUAGUCAUUGCAUGGUCCACACGGGAGAGAAACCAUACAAAUGUGAAGACUGUGGGAAGUGCUUUACUUGUAGCUCAAAUCUUCAUAUCCAUCAGAGGGUCCACACAGGAGAAAAACCUUAUAAAUGUGAGGAAUGUGGUAAGUGCUUUAUUCAGCCUUCACAGUUUCAGGCCCAUCGGAGAAUCCACACUGGAGAGAAACCAUAUGUAUGUAAAGUGUGUGGUAAGGGCUUCAUUUACAGUUCAAGUUUUCAAGCCCAUCAGGGAGUCCACACAGGAGAGAAACCAUACAAAUGUGAUGAGUGUGGGAAGAGCUUCAGGAUGAAAAUCCAUUAUCAAGUUCAUCUGGUGGUCCACACAGGAGAGAAACCCUAUAAAUGUGAGAUAUGUGGGAAGGGCUUCCGUCAGAGUUCAUAUCUUAAAAUCCAUCUGAAGGCCCACAGUGUAGAGAAACCUUAUAAAUGUGAGGAGUGUGGGCAGGGUUUCAAUCAGAGUUUGCGACUUCAGAUUCACCAGCUGAUCCAUACCGGAGAGAAACCAUACAAGUGUGAAGAGUGUGGGAAGGGAUUCAGUCGUAGAGCAGAUCUUAAAAUCCAUUGUAGAAUCCACACAGGAGAGAAGCCAUAUAAUUGUGAGGAGUGUGGGAAAGUAUUCAGUCAGGCCUCACAUCUUCUGACCCAUCAGAGAGUCCACAGUGGAGAGAAACCAUUCAAGUGUGAAGAGUGUGGCAAGAGCUUCAGUCGGAGUUCACACCUUCAAGCCCAUCAAAAAGUCCACACUGGAGAAAAGCCAUACAGAUGUGAGGAGUGUGGGAAGGGCUUCAAGUGGAGCUUGAAUCUUGACAUGCAUCAGAGGGUCCACACAGGUGAGAAGCCAUAUGUGUGUGGAGAGUGUGGUAAGCACUUCAGUCAGGCCUCAAGCCUUCAGCUUCAUCAGAGUGUCCACACUGGAGAGAAACCGUACAAAUGUGAGGUGUGUGGGAAAGUCUUUAGUCGGUCUUCACAACUUCAGUAUCAUAGGCGAGUUCACACAGGGGAGAAACCUUACAAGUGUGAGAUGUGUGGUAAGAGCUUCACUAACAGUUCAACAUUGGCUCAAAAUAGUAUGAUUCACACAGGACAAAAUCCUUACCAGUGUAAUGAAUGUAAAAAAACCUUCAGUGAUCUCUCCACUUUUGACCUUCACCAGCAAUUACACUCAAAAGAAAAGUCUCAUACAUGUAGUGAGUGUGGAAAAGGCUUCCGUUAUAGCUCAGUUCUUCAUAUUCAUCAGAGAGUUCACAUGGGAGAGAAACACUAUAAGUGUGAUGAGUGUGGUAAGGAAUUCAAUGAGAGCUCACAUCUGCAAACUCAUCAGAAAGUCCACACUGUAGCGAAACCUUUCAAAUGUGAGCAAUGUGGGAAAGGCUUCAGUCGUAGAUCAGCACUAACUGUUCAUUGCAAAGUCCACACGGGAGAGAAACCUUAUAAUUGUGAGGAGUGUGGGAGGGCCUUCAGUCAGGCCUCUCAUCUUCAGGACCAUCAGCGAGUCCACACUGGAGAGAAACCAUUCAAAUGUGAUGCAUGUGGUAAGAGCUUCAGUCGGAAUUCACACCUUCAGUCCCAUCAGAGAGUCCAUACAGGAGAGAAACCGUACAAAUGUGAGGAGUGUGGGAAGGGCUUUAUUUGUAGCUCAAAUCUACACAUUCAUCAGAGGGUCCACACAGGAGAAAAACCCUACAAGUGUGAGGAAUGUGGUAAAGGCUUUAGUCGGCCUUCAAGUCUUCAGGCCCAUCAGGGAGUCCACACUGGAGAGAAAUCAUACGUAUGUAAUGUGUGUGCUAAAGGCUUUACUCUGAGUUCAAAUCUGCAAGCACAUCAGCGAGUCCACACAGGAGAGAAACCAUACAAAUGUGAUGAGUGUGGGAAGAGCUUCAGGAGGAACUCGCAUUAUCAAGUUCAUCUGGUGGUCCACACAGGAGAGAAACCCUAUAAAUGUGAGGUAUGUGGGAAGGGCUUUAGUCAGAGUUCAUAUCUUCAAAUCCAUCAAAAGGCCCACAGUGUAGAGAAACCUUAUAAAUGUGAGGAGUGUGGGCAGGGUUUCAAUCAGAGUUCACGACUUCAGAUUCACCAGCUUAUCCAUACUGGAGAGAAACCAUACAAGUGUGAAGAGUGUGGGAAGGGAUUCAGUCGUAGAGCAGAUCUUAAAAUCCAUUGUAGAAUCCACACAGGAGAGAAGCCGUAUAAUUGUGAGGAGUGUGGGAAAGUAUUCAGGCAGGCCUCAAAUCUUCUGGCCCAUCAGCGAGUCCACAGUGGAGAAAAACCAUUCAAAUGUGAAGAAUGUGGGAAGAGCUUUGGUCGGAGUUCACACCUUCAAGCCCAUCAAAAAGUCCACACUGGAGAAAAGCCAUACAAAUGUGAGGAGUGUGGGAAGGGCUUCAAGUGGAGCUUGAAUCUUGACAUGCAUCAGAGAGUCCACACAGGUGAGAAGCCAUAUAAGUGUGGGGAGUGCGGUAAGCACUUCAGUCAGGCCUCAAGCCUUCAACUUCAUCAGAGUGUCCACACUGGAGAGAAACCAUACAAAUGUGAGGUGUGUGGGAAAGUCUUCAGUCGGUCUUCACAGCUACAGUCUCAUCAGAGAGUUCACACGGGAGAGAAACCUUACAAGUGUGAAAUAUGUGGUAAGAGCUUCAGUUGGAGAUCAAAUCUUACAAUUCAUCACAGAAUCCAUGCUGGUGAGAAAUCCUAUAAAAGUGAUAGGGGUGGUAAGAACAUCAGAGGCUCCACACAGGAAAGAAGUUCUAUAAAAUGAUUUUUUAAAAAACGUGUGUCACGUGAAUUCUUCCAAUCAUCGUGUUCAAAAGAAAAAAUAAUUUUUGUCAUUAAAGUCAUUGUUUCAGCCAUAGCUCAACAUACCCCAGUAGUCAGGAGGCCACUCAGCUGAAAACUCUUGUAAGUGGUGCAGUAAGGGCUUCAGGUUGAACUUUGACCUUUAUUAAGUAUUACUCAGGGGAGAGGUCUUAGAAAAUGAGUUUUAUCAGGCCUUGUGCAGAAGUAUGAUGGGUGUGCCAAAAUUAAUACCUGUUAGAAUGUAAUCUCCAUGAUUGCAGAGACUUUUGUUCUGAAUCUGCAUAGUCUUAACAUUGCCAAGUACUUGAUAGGUGCUCAAAUAUUUGUUAAAUUAAUAAAUGGGAAAAAUGUAUAUUUGAAAAUUGUGUUGAGAUCACCUCCACAAUUUCAUAAAAAUUUGUAUUCAGAGCAGAUAACCUAAAUGUGGCCUUAAUAAAAUUAAUUCAGGGAGACAAAGAGUUGAAAUGUCAGAAAACCAGUCAGUACUGCCAUCUGUCAUCUGUCUUAAUUUGGCAUUGCUCUGUUGUGAUUAGCUCUUGGUCUCCCGUCAGCUUCUCAUCAAGUUAAGUCUUACCAUCUUGGACUUUGUCUAGUAUUCUAUUGAUUUUAUGCAGUAUAAACUCAAUUGUCUUUUGUGACAGUAUAGACUGAAAAAUGGAUUGUUAAUCUUGCAAUAAUAAGACUUUUUUUUUAAGAAUGUCAAGGCAGGGGUUUAAGUAUCAGAAAGAGUUACUAAUGACCAACAUUUCUUAGUAAAUGUUGACUUGAUCAUUGGUUUCUUAUUCUCCACAUUUCCAUCCGGCUUUGAUGUGAUUAUCUUCGAAGGGUUUUAGCAUUAUUUUAAUCAAAACUUCUUAGGUGGAGAGGCUUUGUCAAGUAGAUGACUUUUGGCACGUUCUCUACCCCAUUACUCCUUCUUCUCCCCAGCCUGAGAAAGAAGGGAAAAAAUUAUUUGUUGGAAUUUGAUAAUUUCAUCAAAUACGUUGAUGAUUGGGGCAUGACUGACUUUCACGCUUUUUCCUACCAGUGGAUUGAAAAAUUGCUUUUCAAAGAGAAGUUGGUCAGUAUAUGUCAAAAUAUAGGUUGUGAAUCCCUUUGAUCUGAAAGUCAUAGAAUAGGAACUUAUGAUUAGGAGAUUCAAAUAGAAAAGCUGAGUAGCAUAUAAUGAUGUUACUAAAAUUUGGAAAGUGGCAAUAAAUAUUCAUCAAUACGAAUUGAAGUACGUUUUGAUAUGCAACAAGAGAUCCAUUAAAAUGAUGGUUAAGACUUAAUGGCAUAAGAAGGUAACAGUUUGAUGUAGUUCAGGAACAUCACAUAUCUUAAACUUGUGUGUGUCUAUGAGUGUGUUAAAAAUGCAUCCGAUCAUGUGUGAAGGGAUAUUCUGUUCACCUGUAAAUAAACAGUGUCAAGAAAGAUUUUCAGGGAUUUUUCCACAUUUAACUUCCAUAUUUUUAAUUUUGUAUUGGCCAUUAAUUUUACAGUAAAAUACUGUUAUGGUGACAUAGGUAGUAAAACUGUAAAAUAUAAUUUGAAAAAUUACUAAGAACAUACUAAUCCCUUAUAGUAAGUAAUCCUAUCCUGUGGCAUAUUAGGCCAAAAUUAAGGAAUAGAACUCUGGAAAUGAAUUUUAAAAAGAAAAACGUUGCAUGGUUCAAAGAUUCAGAUACGUUAGUGAGUGUAACUAUAUAUUUGUAAUUAAUGCAUUUGAAGUUUAGGCAUAAAUCCAUGCGACCUAGAAGAUUCUAGUGUAACAUCAACAGUAGAAAUUUAUACAUCCUAGUUCUUGCCAGACACCCCUACAGGAUGAAUGGAUAGUCCAGAGUACUGGCUUGUCCUUUCAAGUGUUUGGUCUGAUUGGGGAAGUAGCUGGGUCUUCCGGGCACUAUGGCACAGACACCCUUGAGCUGUGGGAAAAAAGAAUGAUGAAAAAAUUGUUUACAAAGGAAUAGUGAAUGGGCAAAUCCUGAUGACAGAGUGGAAAUACGUUAGUUUUGGAGGUAAAAUUUAACAAAGAUUCCCUAAGGAAAAGAUGUGCAUGGGGGCGGAACUGAGCAUGAUGGGAACAAGCUGUUGAGGAGGUUUGAAUACUGUUUCCUACCUAGUCAUUUUGCUGUUGUUAAAUGCUUUUUUGGUGAAAAGGCUUUACUCAGCAAAGGGUGUAAAUAAUAUGAGAGGCAGGUUUCCAAAAUUGAUUUCUUAGACCAUGCCUUCACAUGCAUGUAAAGUCCAUGCUACUUCAAAUUAUGUUAGAUAGAAAUCCUGUACCUGCCAUGUUUUGUUUUUAGUGGAUAUCAGGAUGACCCACCAACUCUUAAGGUAAUUUGUAAUUUAGUGGGUUAAGUCAAGGAAUGGCAAACUACCUCCUGUGGGCCAAAUCUGGCCCACUGCCUUUAAAGCUUUAUUGGAACAUAGCAAUGCCCGUUCAUUUAUGUAUCAUCUAUGGCUGCUUUCUCAUAGCAAUGACAGAAUUUAGUAGUUGUGACAAACACU